AUGGAAGACCUCCAACAGUAUCCUACUUCAGCAGCAAACACUCCUAGUGCUUGGCACGGAGAUGCUCACUACGGCUCUAAGUUGGCUGUGCGCGGCUCUGGAAGUGUUAAAUCCUCCCGCACGGCCCCGCACCGCGGUUCCUGCCGCUCGCAUCCCCGCCCGCCCGUCCCGGCCGGCAGCGAGGCGGCCCCGCGCUGCCCGGGCAUCCCUCCCCGCCUCCUCGCCGGCUCCGCCGCGCCAGCGCCUCCCUCCCGGCGGACAAACUUUGCGCCCAACUCCGCUCGGCUCCGCGGGGCGCUGCCGGGACCCGCUCCGCGCACGGCGGUGGCGGCGGGCGGGCGGCUCCCCCCGCGGAUCCCGCCGCCUCCUCCUACCUGCAGCCGGCGCCGCUCCCCGCAGCGCCCCGCUCAUCCUCCUCCUCCUCCUGCUGCUGCUGCUCCCGAGGCGGCGGGCGGGCUGCGCGCCCCGCUCCCUGGCUGGCUGCGCCGCGCUGCUGGCGCGGAGCCUGCGCGGGCGGAGGCGGCUCCGGGCCCGCGGUGGCGGCGCCGGUCCCCUGCAGCCCCGGUCCCCUGCAGCCCCCUCGCUACCGCAUCCCCCAGUCGCGGGGAGCGGGAGCCCCCCCGCCCCGCCCGGCCCGCGGGCAGGGGGCGGUGCCCGCCGGCAACCCCCCCUCCGGCAGCCCCGGCCCCCCCCGGGCAGCAGCGCCGGUCCCCAACUCCCUCUGUCUCCCUCCGUCCUCCUCCGCUCGCUCCGUGCUCGGGGACGCCGCUCCCAACCCGCUGCCUGGCCGCGCUCUGCCCAAACCCCACCGACCCCCGGCGGCACCUCUCUCGUGGCUCCUCUCACCGCUCCCGGCUGCCGGCUCUUCCUUCUGCCCUUCCUCCCUUCGGGAGACGGCUGAAGAAAGUCCUCCCAGCGCAGGGGGGGUGGUAG